CCCUGGCAAUUGCGACGCUGUGGCCAGUUACUCACUGAGCAAAUUAUUGACAUAACGCAUUAACUUUUAUAAUGGAUGUGAAGAUACAGGAAUACAUGUAAAUGAGUGUAACAGGUUAUGGGAAGUGGUGGCAGUAAAAGUCCACCAGUCAAGGAAACUUUAACAUCCAACAAAGAAAACACAGAGUCCUCUUCACCAAGUCCUGCUCCUCUGGACACAAAUGUAAACGUUAACAGUGGCGGGCAGUCCACCAAUCAGAGUGAAGCAGAGUCUGGGUCAGCCAAUCAGAAUCAGGACAAAAUAAAGCCACAAUCCAGCGAGAAAUCUGUCCUCCCAGAAAAAGCAGCAGAAAGUGAGGGAAAUAAAGAACAAACAGAGAAUACGGAAGGAACAAUGCCAACAACAAAACCCAAAGAGGGUGCCAGUCCCGCGGAAUCUGAGGAGAGACUGAUCCCGGAGGUUCACAAGGAACAGCAGUUGUUUGAUGACGCUCUCAGCUCCGCCUGUCAGCUGGUCAAGAGUCAGAGUCUGAUGAAGCUGGUCACCCUCAAUGUCACCUCCCUCUGUCUCCAAAGAGCCCUCCCCCAGGGAUUCUCCCUGUACGAACUCCUCAAGAAAAUGACCAAUUUACAGGAUUUGGACCUGUCACACAACGACAUGGGACCCCAGGGUUUCCGCAGCCUCUGUCUGGCUAUGUGUACCAAUACGUCUAUAUUGUGUCUGAAUCUCUCUGACAACAAAACUGACACAGACAGCGCUGAAUGCCUUGGAUUGAUGCUGAGUCAUAAUGGCAGCAUGUCUUAUCUCAAUAUCUCAAAUAAUUACUUUGGAAAAGAUUAUUUCUCACGCUGUGUUGGACCAGCCCUGAAGACAAACAAAUCACUGAUGAAUUUCAGAGCUGAAAACAUAGGGGCCACUGAUGUGAAGGAUUUCCUGGCAGGACUAAAAGAGAACACGUCUCUAACAGAACUGGACUUCAGUAAUAACUGGGUCACAGACAAAACAGCUCUAGGGGCUGGAUUGGGUGAAGUCUUAAAGAGGGAGAAUUGUGGCCUGGUCUCUCUGGCAUUGGCUGGUUGUGAAAUAAACAAGACAGGAGCCGCCCAUCUCCUGGAGGGGGUGAAGGAGAACACCUCCUUAAGUGAACUCAAUGUCAACAGACUGGAGUUCGAGUCACUGUCCCACUUACUGCAUUUUGUUGCUGCUUCUGCUAAUAAUCCAAAUUUACAAGUUCUAUCCAUUGAUGGUGCCAAAUUUAAAGACACAACCGUUGAUACCAAAGAUAUAGUUGUUCCGGCCAGAGAAGCCCCGCCCUCCUUACAGAUUCUGAGUUUGAGUGACAGUCACCUGACGGAUGAAUUCUUCGAGGCUCUCCAGACACUGUACCAAGGCAGGCAGAUUCCGCUGGUGGAAAUUGACGUCAGUAGCAAUGACGGCUUAACGGGAAAAUGUGUACAUUUCCUCGCGGAACUUACAAAAGGAGAUGAGAGUCCCUCAACAAUACAAAAACUAAGACUGGGUUUGUGCAGUGGAGUGAAAAGUUUACCGGAGGAGUUGAUCAGCAGUGACCUCCCUUGUCUGCACUAUCUGAAUGUUAGGAAGUCUAAGAUACCGGAUCUCUACCAUCUGUCUAAACUGUUCACUGAGAAAAACCUGACCACUCUGAUCCUGGAUGGACAAAAAAUUGCCAACACUGAUACACUAGAGAAACUUCUAGCUGGAUCCAGCAAAAGUCACCUGACAACGUUAAGUCUGAGUAGCUGUGCUCUGUCAGCCAAUGAUAUCAAACCACUCUCUAACGUCAUCAAAGAAGGGUUAAAACUUCAGAUGCUUAAGCUGGCGGGAAACAGAUUGGAGGAUCAGGGGGUGUUGGUCUUAGUGGAGGCAGUAGCAGCUAACAAGACACACCCUCUGGCUGUAUUGGAUGUCUCCGAUAAUACAUUUGGUGAUGAAGGAGCAAAACAGAUAGCCAGUUUAUUUACAAAUAAGAAGCAUAAGACACAACUCCAUAGCCUUAAUCUCAGUCACAAUAAUGUAGGUAAGACCGGGCUCCUGGCUGUAGUGUCUGUGAUUGGGGGGAAAUCCCCUCUGAGGACGCUCUAUCUACAAAAUCAGACCACGGCACCACAGCUGACUAUCCCAGACAUGGUGGAAGUCUACACCAAACUGGCUCAAAACCUCGGUUUUAAGAUAAAGAAGACAGGAGACCAGAUCGAGCCUGGUUCCUGCGAUCUCCCCAAACUCCCUGAGGGUCUGGUGGUACGUCUUACAGAGCUGGGGGGUAACACAGGUGACAUUGGUCAGAUGUUGGAUAGUGUUCGGAUUAAGACGGAUUACAUCCUUGAGAAACCCCCACUGUUACCUUACAGUGAUAUCCUGACCAUUUGUGCCGUACUGAAAGGUUCAGGUUCUGAGAUUCCUGUGUGGUCCAGUGAACACUGGAGAAUGAUAACAGGACUGAACCGACCGACGGCUGAUGCCCCGUCCUGGCUAGAGUUACCCGACAGUCGAGAUCGGUGUUUGUAUCUCAGCAAUCUCCCGGCAAACUCCACCACGCAGAAACUGGAGGCCAUACUGGAAAUGGACGCCGACUGUAACCUAGACGAAGUCUGUCUGAUGAAGGACCCGGUGACUCGCAGUGUUAACGGUGUUGGGUGGGCAUUAAUGACAGAUGAAGAGUCGCUACAGAAAGCCGUGGAUUUCUACAACUCAGGGGAGGCAAAGGUCUUUGGACAAUCCUUCAUUAUAUCCAGGGUGAAAGUGAAAGUAGAUGAUGAUGAACAUUCUGUGGCAGCUCAAAAGGCCAAAGAGGACCUAGAGUUGAGGAUGAAGUUGAGACAGAAAGAGGAACAGGACCUCAGACGAUUAAUCCAGAGGACAACAGAGGAGUCAUGGAAACGCCACGCCUACCGACUGGCUCACCCCGCCUACGCCGAUGGCAGGAUCUGGUAGUCACAGCAACAUAUCUCUGUCAGGCAGCAGUGGUAUCCGUCCAUUGUGAUAAACUAUAUUUAUUUCAUAAUCUAAAUGAAAAACAGAUUUUUACCUUUCAUAUAUUUGAAGACGGCAAUUAAAAGUGUGAACAAGAUACAUUGGAGAUGGUGAUGUAAUCUAUACAGCACAUUUAAUGAUCGUUCAAUGCCACUAUUAUGAGGAAAUCCAAUUAAAAAUUAAUUUUCAAUGCAUGCCUUAA